AUGAGCAGCGUGAACGUGACUGAUCCGCCGGUUAACGGAACGCGUACAGGCCCUGUUGACAGCACUAGCCAUCGUGAUAAUUUCCAAGUAAAGGCUCUCCCUGCAGACUUUUACGUUCCUUUUCUUUCCCUUGCGGCAAAGAAUCGGAAUCCAAGCCCCAUUCGGAGCCUGCUGCCCUUGGAAGCGACUCCAGGCAUCAUAUCGCUUCUGGCCGGCAAACCCAACGCGGCCACCUUCCCAUUCACGUCGCUAAGUUUCACAGCUCGAUCGCCUAUUGACCCCAGUCGGGAUGUCCCGGUGAAUCUGAGCCAGGCUGAGCUUGCCAAGGGUCUGCAAUACGGCGAAACUGCUGGGAUACCGCAGCUGCGAGACUGGCUCAUCGGCUUGCAAGAACACAAUCAUGGCCGGCGACAAGGUGAAGGGUGGCGACUCAGUGUAGGUUCUGGAUCGCAAGACUUGAUCUACAAAGCUGUCACAGCAAUGAUCAAUCCUGGAGAUCCUAUUCUAGUCGAGUCCCCAGUUUACGCCGGUGUGAUUCCCAUGUUCCAGAGUCUUCACUGUGAUCAGAUUGAGGUGGAAACGGAUUCGCAUGGGAUACUCGCCAGUUCACUUCGCUCGAUUCUGGACGGCUGGCCAGCCAACAAACCGAAACCAAGAGUCCUGUACACGGUUCCUUACGGAUGUAAUCCCACCGGGAUGACCGCUACUUUAGAACGGCGCAAGGAAGUUCUGCAGCUUGCUCGAGAGCACAACUUUAUCAUUCUAGAAGGCAAGUACUGCUAUGCAUGGUGCACCACAUAUGCGUACCCGCCUGCUUACACCUGCGCAGAUGAUCCUUACUACUACCUAUAUUUUGGCGAGGCCCCAAGAUAUCCGUCCUACUUUUCCCUGGAGCUCGAAGAACCCGAAGUUGGUAGAGUGCUCCGCUUUGACAGUCUUUCCAAGAUCCUAUCGGCUGGCAUCCGCAUUGGGUUUGCUUCCGGCCCCGAGCCACUCCUCGACGCCAUGGAUCGACAUACGUCAACUUCAAAUCUCCAGCCAUCUUCCCUGACUCAGGUCAUAACUUUUGCGUUGCUUGAUUCCUGGGGUUACGAUGGUUUCAAGGCCCACACCGACCUUGUUUCUUCAUUCUACCGGGAGAAACGGGACAUAUUUGAACGAGCUUUGAAGACGCAUCUCUCGGAUUUAGUCGAAUGGGAUUCGCCCGAAGCGGGGUUGUUCUUCUGGUUCAAGUUACGCCUUGGCGUGUCGGAGCAUGAAGAAGGCGAUUCAGAAAGCGUGAUUCGUACGAACGCAUUCGAAAGAGGUGUUAUCGCGCUCCCGGGAACUGUCUUCCUACCUAAUGGCAGGAAGACGGCAUACGUACGCGCGUCUUUCAGCGCAGUCGGAGAAGAGGAUGCAGAAGAGGGUAUUAAAAGGCUUCGAGACGCUAUCUUAGAUGCGAGAGCGAAAUCCGUCAAGACCGAAUGA